AUGGGGAGUGACGGCCAAGUGAACCCCAUCAUCCCAGGAUUCGCGCCUGAUCCUUCCCUUGUGCUUGUGGGCGACACGUACUUUCUUGUCAACUCCACAUUCCAUCUGUUUCCGGGGCUGCCAAUCUACACAUCAAAUGAUCUAGUGCAUUGGAAACAUAUUGGUAACGCAAUCAAUCGCACAGAGCAACUCAGCCUCUCUAAAUCACAGACGUUAAUCUUCCAUUCCGAGGAAGAAGGUCACAUGGUAGCUACUGGAGGUCUGUAUGCUCCGACAAUCCGAUACAACAACGGCACGUUCUACGUAAUCUGCACCAACGUCAUUCGCAAUGGUGGCGAUGGAUCGAAAGACGAGACGCAAAAUUUUAUAUUGUCAACGACAGACAUCUACAGCAGCAAAUGGAGCGAUCCGGUCAUGUUUGACUUCCACGGUAUCGAUACAUCUCUCUUCUUCGACACAGAUGCAAAAGCAUACAUCUGUGGAUCUAAGUCACCAGGCCCGAGAACAAGGAUCAUGCUUUUCGAGAUCAAUCCAGUCACAGGUGAGAAGCUCUCGGAAGAGACCGAGCUCUGGAAUGGCACAGGCGGCAUAUACCCAGAAGGCCCCCACAUCUACCGUCGAAAUGGCUUCUAUUACCUCAUGAUCUCAGAAGGAGGUACUUACGAGGAUCACCGCGUGGUCAUGGCACGCAGUCGAAGCAUCCUUGGUCCAUACGAACCGUACCCGGAAAAUCCAAUUCUGAGCGCUGGAGGCACAGAUGAGUAUGUGCAGUGCACCGGGCACUGCGAAGCUUUCGAAGACAAGAAUGGCGAAUGGUGGGGAGUGUGCUUGGGCAUGAGAAUGUCGGAGCAUCAGCUCUAUGGCCUCGGGCGCGAGACAUUUCUCGUCAAGGGCCACUGGACCGAUGAUGGCUGGCUCAAGUUCGAGCAAGCGAAGACAUGUCUAAAGCUGCCCGGUGUACAGCUCAGAAGCGACGAGAGAAUUGACGCCUCUGCAGGGUCUGGCCUCCUUUACAUCCGCGACCCUGACUUUUCACGAUACACUGUCCCGAGUCAAUCUGAGCAUUCUGAGUGGUACGAGCUUACUGCAAGCGCGCAUGACCUCACUUCUGCAGGCUCAUCGCCGACUUUCAUUGGCAAACGGCAGAGACUCAUGGACGGAGCCAGCAGCGUCGUUCUGAACAGCACAACUACUCCGUCCAGCGAUCCAGCAGCCGCGAAUGCUGGCUUGACGGUGUACAAGGACGAGCAUCGCUUUCUCCGGAUCUUCCAUUCGACACCCACACACAAGGUUGUGUUCCAGGUUUUCAACAAAGCAAAGCAAAUCGAGCGAUCUGCUGAGCAUCAGCUCGAGGGUUCACGUGAUUCGCUCAAUGGUCUCAAGUUCAUCAUUGCAUACACAGAGAAGGUAUACCGUGCAUACUUUAGCAUUAAUGGCGGGGAAACUGUCGAAUUGGGUAAGGCAGACGCUAUGGAGCUGAGUGCGAGAGAUUUUGUCGGUCCUGUUGUAGGAAUAUUCGCAUUUGCGAAUCAUGGGAAUGCAGCAAAGGCAAGAUUCGAAGGGUUCGUCGUUGACAAGGCAGAGUUUGACCACUCUGUGUGA